AUGGCUCCAGCGAUUGACUUGGAAGACGACGACCCAGUGGUGUCCGAGUACGAUGUCUACAUUACCCCCGAGGCCGAGGAGCAACAGCUGUACGUGCUGCAGUACCUCAACAGGCCGCCCGAUCAGCCCUUUACAAAAGCCUCCGGGAGCCUGCCUGCCGAGCUCAGGGUCAAGAAGGAGUCUGGCUUCAUCGAAGUCGACGUUCCAAUCAACAUCCGCCAGAACUACAACCGCGUAAAUGGCGUGCGGUGGGGAGAGGCCAUGCGCAAGACCAAAGGAUUCGGACAGAAGGCGUUUGGUAUUGCCUCUGGUUUUGAGCGAACUAUGCCGCGCACUGGCAACAGGCCUGGCGCCGAGGGAGGCUCAGCACCACCUGUAGUCACAGCCGAGGACGACGACAACUUUGAGGAAUAUGUCACACAUUUCGAGGAUGCCAACGAGAAGGGUCACGUACUGAAUUCACAGACCUUUGGCGGUCAGAUACUGAGCGACGACAACAAGGGUCCUAGCUACAUGCUGGGAACAUUCCGUGACGACCAGCUCCACCUCACACGGCUCAACGGCCUCGUACAGCUCCGUACACAGUUCCAUCACAUCGACGCUUCUGCACAACUCGAGGCGGUCGCUCGGCGGCGUGAAAAGGAGUCGCAAGAAGGCGCGAAGCUAGCAGAACCCAAGGCGUUCAUUCCCACCGUGAAGAAGGCUGGCGGAGACACAGCAGCCGAGCUGACGCAGCAAUUCAUGAAGGCGGCGAAUCAAGAGCCAUGGCAUAAGCUGCAGUACUCUGAUGAAGAUUCUGAACUUGCCUACGACUCUUACACCGAACGCCUGUUCCUCCCCAGAACCAUCGACGCCCCGAAGCUACAUUCCAACCUCAACAACGAUCAGUUUCUCGAUGUCAUGAGUGCUCCUUCGGCUGGCAAAGGUGCAAAGCGAAAGAACGCGACAAGAGAAAAGGAGUUGAUCGAAAUCUCGGACGAAUCCGAUGACGAAGAUGAGACCGUGACUUAG